AUGCCUCCCAGGAGAAAGGUGCAGACUGCCAGGAUAGCUGAGACGCCCACAGGGUUUUGGGGUGGGGGAAUUUUGGUUCCUGUGGGCGAGUCCGUGUCCAGCGGCAGCGAGUGGGCGAUGGCCUUGCACAAGGGUAAAACUGCAAGGAACAAGGAUGAUGUUCCUGAAAAAUCUGGAUCUCUCUACAAUCUUGAGGAAGAUGAGGGCUUUAACGAACAUGACGAAGAUGAAGUCAGCAUGGCUUCUAAGGUGGGUGAGGAUGUAUGUAACAAGAAUGUCCAACAUAUUGGCAAGUUCUCUGCUAGAGGUUCGAAAGCAUCAAAGAGAGUGGUAGCACCACAAGAACAAGGGGAAAGUACUAGAGUUACUAGGCAAAGGACUGCUGCCAAUCCAAGCCUCGCUAUUGUCACACAUGAUGCAUUGGCAUCUACCAAUACUACUACAAGCCAGAAUGAGGAGCACAUAAACAACAAUGAUGAAGGUGCAUUAUUUGCAAGUGCACAACAUGUGCCGCGGGGAAAAUAUAUGGGCAAAGAGCUGGAUGCGUUGAAUAGAGGGCUAGGGACAAAGAUUAAAAUUGACAUUGCUGAAGGGAAUAGAAGGCCGAAGGCACCAAUGCAAGCUGCAAAACUUGCAUCAGAGGCUGGGAUCUCACCCAGGCUGCAUACACCUUUCUUUCCGCACUGGAAGGAGUACAAGAAGGAACAUAAUAAACAUCUUGUUGAAGCCUACAUUGGCAAAGUUGCUAUCACAUUCGACAUGGACACUAAAAGUGAGGCUGUACAAGCUGCUUGUGUUGACAUGCUAAAGGGUGGACAACGUCAGAUGAGGUAUAGGCUGAAAAAGAAGUACUUUGAUGGAGUUCCAGCAAAUCUAGUGAGGACAACAUCACCUGUGACGUGUAUGACUGAUGAUCAAUGGAGAGCAUUAGUGGAGAUGUGGUCCAACCCAAAACACAAGAAACAAGAAAAAUAUAAAGACACAGAGCCCACUGCGAUUGAUUUGUUCAAGGAGAUGCAUUGCAGCAAGAAGAGUGGUUUUUGUGAGCCUGUCAAAAAUGCAAUUGCUGCUAUGGAAGCAAUUGAGGCUGAACCAAUGCAAGAAGGCCAGCAGUCGAUGUCUUCUAUUGAAAUUGUUUCCAAGGUGCUACCGAAGUCAAGCACAUUUCUUCAAAAUGUGGGGCUGCCAACCUCCAAGCCAAGUAGUAGAAGUGCAGUUAGUUCGCAGGUGCGAGAGCUACAGGCUCAACUUGAGGCUAAGGAGCAAGAAUCUGCGCUACUUAAGCAAGAAUCUACACAACUUAAGCGAGAGGUGGCUAGCCAAGCACAUGAAAUUGACAAUUUGGAGAAGGGACAGCAAGAAACUCAUGCCCUCCUUUAA